ACAACUUACAACUCAUUUGUUUAUUUUGGUUAUUUGUCGAUAUAGAGGAAAUGUGUGAUAACUGUACUUAUGUGCGUAUGACUGCAUCGUAGUUAUGCAGAGAUUAAAUGUAUCGUCAUGGUAUAUGAACUGAUUUAACCGAAUAGGAAACAAUAAUCUAUCUUCCCUCUUGUCGACGAGGUUUGACAAGAGAAUAACAGCCAAACUCACAGAGCUCCUCGGGUUUGAGAGACCAUGGGCCGGCUGGAUGAUGCUGCCAAACACAAAGUGGUGGAGCUGCGGAAAGCUGGUCUGAGUUUCCGUAAGAUCAAAGCUGUGCUGGAGCUGGAGAACAUCAAGGUGUCCGCCCAGGCCAUCUACCUGUUCCUGAGGGAGUUCCAGGGGAGGCCGCCAGGGAGGGUCAGACCUGUCGAGGCCGGAAGCGGCACAACAACAGCACAAGUGCAAGGUCGAGCCGGGCCAGCGCAAGAGAGCUGGAGUAACAUUCGUCUCCAGAACUUACUGCGGGAGGCAUCUCAUCAUGCUGGCUUUACGGCAGCUGCGGACUUUGCCAAACAAACUUCCACAAAUCAAGAGUCGAGUGCAAAGUCAUCUGGGUAUGGGGAGACCAGUGGAGGCAGCAGGCCAGAACAGCAGCACGAGGGAGAAAAGGAAGAGAAUGACAUCCAGAUUGUUAGCGUCACCUCCCUUGCACAGAGCAGCCAACAAAGAGGUCCCCAGCCCAGUGUAACAAGGGCAGAGACGGGUGCUGUGUCUUCCACACUGACAGCCUCUGGAGCGUUCAUGAGGAGGAGAGUCACCCCUUCUCCAGCCACCAAUUCGAUGUUGGCAGCUCGAAAGAGACUUUUGGAUAAAGCGUUGUCACAUAGGAUGAAGUCAUUCCAUCAGGUGGCAUCACUGUUGAGGAGAGAUCACUCGAGUAUCCAGGCUGCUGAUUUGAGAAGUGCAAUGUCUCAGCCGCCUGAAACGUAUGAUCUGACCACUGAAAAGACUGUUAUGGAGGGUCAGCCUGGAGGAGGCGGCACUCCCAGACGUUUUCUGACACAGAGACCAGGUCUGUCUGUCCGUUCCCCUCACCUUCCACCGCGGGUCGGCAUUCGUCUUCCUAAUCGGCCACCAGCAACUUUAACAUCCUCAGCUCCUGGGAGUGCCAUCAUUCGCCUCCAGGCCCCUGGAGUCCAGGGCGCCACUCGUAGCGAUGGGAACCUGAGCCCCCAGCAGGGAGUCCAGGACUCUGGAGGGAGAAGUGGCCUGCAGGAUCAGAUUCAGACCCUGGGUUCUGAGGUGCGCAGCUUGGGCCUGGCAGUGAAAAUGCUGGUGGAGCAGCAGUGCCGCCUGGAGAGGGAGCAGGCACAGCAGACACACAUUCAGAAGCAGAUCCUCAACACCCUACAGAACCUCGCCUCCAAACUGGGACAGUGUAGCAGUGCUCAGCAACAGCACAACAAAACUCCAUCACCAUCUGCAUUACCAACAGCCUCUGCAUCUACCUCCUUCAGCCAAGACACCUUCAGCUUUAGUCAAGGCACAUACACUCAGUGCAGCCAAACCCAGCCAAGCUACAGCUCUUUAGAGGGUUUAGAAAAUGUAGAGGCCUUUAAACUGCCAGGACUGAGCCCUACAAGCAUGAAUGGGUUUCCGCCAUGUAGCAAUGCAGAGAGCCUCCCACUCACCCACACUCCCCCUCAAACACAACCGUACGCAGCUGCAUACACACAGCAAACCAGUCAAACACUCAUGCCGCCUUAUACACAAUCCUACGUCCCUACAUACAGCCAGUCACAUUCUCAGAGUUUCAGAAUAUCAGAGAGCAAGUCAUCUGAUUUCCCAAGCAGCUGUUCAGCGAGGACUCUACAGGACUGCAGUGCAUCCACGCAGCCAGUGAUGAACUCUAACCACUCUGCACAGGAACAACAGAUCAAUAUUAUCAAAGUGGAAGGACCGUAG